CUUCUCGAAAGCUAAUCUUUGUGAGUGCAUUUUUUUUCUUUUCACUUUCAUUCCAAUUAUAACUUGAGGGUCGGAGGCUUCCAGUUUUUUUCAAGCUUCAGUUCAGAUUUCGACAGAUCUUUCUUGCUGCUAGCAUAUAUAUUUUCAUUCUUUGUUUUUCUCCCAUCUGAGAACUAGAUUUCGUUGUUUGGUGUGCUGUUUUUGUUUUCAUCUAGGAGCAUUUAUUGAGACCUUUGAGAAACAUAAAGGGCAUGGCUUUAGCUCGGUUUGGUCGACAAGUGAAGCGCCAGCAUGGGGUUUGUGUAAAGAUGACAGCAGUGGCGAUCUCGGGUCUUUGUUUUAUUUUUGUUUGGUCCAUGUUCUCUUCACCUUCUACUUCUGUUACUGUUCAAAGGGAGAGCUUUGAUGACAUCGCUGAACCUGUGGCUUCAAGCACAAUGGUAAGCAAAUCCAAGGGAAAUGAAUUAGAAAAACGUGAUUCAAACGAUCACAAAAAGAAGGUUGAAUCUAAUUUAAAGAAAAAAAAUGAGAGAGGUGAACGGGUCAUUGCCUUUACCUGCUCAUGAACAUGGGAAAAAAAUGAGAAACAUGUUUCAAAGAGGAAAAGGGACAAGGAUAAGCCAAAGGUAUCUAGUGAAGUACCAAAAGAAAAUCAAGAGAAUCAGAAGCAAGAAGAAUCUCAAGGUGAAGAAGCCGAAAAGGAGACAGAAGUGGAGGAAGACUUUAGUAGUGGAUGGCAACGAAGAAGGUUUAGAUGGUGAAGGAGAAGAAAAGGGAGAGAUUGAAGGCGAUGCUGAUCUUGGUGAAUCAGUGGAACAAGAGACCGAGGAAUUGGUGGACAACGAGAAUGAAGGGAAAAAGAGAAAGAUCAAAGGUCCUGUUUUUGAUCCGAAAGCUCAUUAUAGUUGGAAAUUAUGUAGCACAAGGAGCAAGCAUAAUUAUAUGCCAUGUAUUGAUGUUGAAAGUGGCUUCGCAAGGUUGCAGGGCUAUAGGCAUAGAGAGAGGACUUGCCCCAAAGCCCCUGCAAUGUGUCUUGUUCCCCUUCCCCAUGAUGGUUAUGAUUCUCCAGUGCACAGGCCGGAGAGUAAAUUGAAGAUAUUGUACAAGAAUGUGGCUCAUCCGAAGCUAGCAGCAUAUAUGAAGAACCAUAAUUGGUUGAUUAAAUCUGGGGAGUAUUUGAUGUUUCCCCAGAACCAGUCUGAAUUCAAGGGUGGAGUUGUUCACUACCUUGAAUCCAUUGAAGAGAUGGUACCAGAUAUUGAAUGGGGAAAGAAUAUACGUGUAGUGCUGGAUGUUGGAAGCUCAUAUUCAAGCUUCAUGGCCUCCCUUUUUGAUAAGGAUGUAUUGACAUUGACACUGGGCUUGAAGGAUGAUCUUGUUGACCUAGCACAGGUUUCCCUUGAGCGUGGUUUUGCUACAGUUGUUAGUCCCUUUGCAAGAAGACGACUUUCUUUUCCUAGUGGAGUUUUUGAUGCUAUUCACUGUGGUCAAUGUACAAUCCCUUGGCAUUCUCAUGAGGGUAAGCUUCUAGAGAUAAAUAGGAUUUUGAGGCCUGGUGGAUACUUUAUUUUGUCAACUAAACAUGACAGCAUCGAGGCGGAAGAAGCUAUGAACACAUUGACUUCUUCAAUCUGUUGGAAUAUUCUGGCUCAUAAAACUGAUGAUGUCAGUGAUGUGGGUGUUAAAAUAUAUCAGAAGCCUGAUUCCAAUGAUAUAUAUGUGUUGAGGAGGAGGAAAAAUCCGCCUUUAUGCAAGGAGCAUGAAAAUCCGGAUUCUGCCUGGUAUGUUCCAAUGAAAACUUGUUUGCAUACCAUUCCAUCUGUAAUCGAACAACAUGGGACUGAGUGGCCUGAGGAAUGGCCUAAGAGCCUCGAAACAUAUCCGGAAUGGUUGAACAACAAAGAAAAAGCAAUUGAUGAUACCAAGCACUGGAAAAAUAUUGUUGACAAGUCCUAUCUUACUGGAAUGGGUAUCGACUGGUCAACUAUCAGGAAUGUGAUGGACAUGAAAGCCAUCUAUGGAGGUUUUGCUGCUGCACUCUUACAACAGAAAAUUUGGGUGAUGAACGUGGUCCCCAUCCAUGCACCCGAUACACUUCCCUUCAUUUUUGAACGUGAACUUGUUGGCGUCUACCAUGACUGGUGCGAGCCUUUUGGGACGUACCCUAGAUCGUAUGACCUGUUGCAUGCCGAUCAUUUUUUCUCCAGGCUAAAAAACAGGUGCAAGCAACCUGUUUCGAUCGUUGUCGAGAUGGACCGUAUUCUAUGACCCGGAGGUUGGGUGAUCGUGCGUGAUAAAGUCGAGAUACUUGAUCCACUUGAGGCAAUUUUGAGAAGUUUACAUUGGGAGAUCAGAAUGACUUAUUCUCAGAAUAAGGAGGGUAUAUUAUGUGCGCA